UAGUUGUGAAACAACCGCGAAUAAGCAAGUUCAAAAGUGUUAUAAGAUUUUUUUUUGUAAAAAAAAAAAAAUGUUUUCUAUUAAAAAAGAAAUAAUAAUUUUAAAAAAUUAAAGAAAAAAAAUUUUUUUUUUUGAAGUUUAUAACAAAAGAAAUUAGUUACUUUUUAAUUGAAAAUUAAAAAUAUUAUUAUGAUAGUGUGAUAAGUUAGGUGAAAUAUAUUGUUUAGUGUUUAAAAAUGUAAUUAUUUGAUUACAUUCCAUCAGAAAUUAAUUUUCAACAAUGGAAGAAAAACGUUUGGGUUUGCCGAAAGCAUUAAUUUGUUGUUCUAAUAUUUUAUUUUUGAUGUCUGGAUUUUUGCUGAUGUCAUGUGGAGCGUUACUAUUGGCAGACAGUCAUCGCGUUUUGCUUUCACGACUGUUGGGAUCGGAAGAAAUUUACCAUGAUCAACCAAUGUUUUACUAUUUUGCUUUCGUCAUUGUGGGAGUGGGGUUUAUUAUUUCAGUCACCGGUUUCUUAGGUUGCUGGGCCACUUGUCAACACAAUUGUUGUAUAACAACAACGUAUAUCAUAAUGAUUAUCUUGCUUAUGAUGGUGGAGAUAUCAACAUGUGCUGUAGCCGUGUUUUUCCCACAAUUUUUGGGAAUUAAUUUACAACCAUCACGCUUGGUACGAGCUCUUCAACGUAACUACGCUGUUCCUGGACGUGAACAAUUUACAGCUGCCCUUGAUUUAGCACAAUCUGUGUUUUCAUGUUGUGGAAUAAAUGGUAGUAGCAACUACGGAACAUCCUGGUGGCGACUUCAAGAAGUUGGCCGAAGAGAAUUGGUUGUUCCUCUCACCUGCUGCACUCUUAAUAACGUUACAGAUAUUGAUGCUUUUUUAAACCCGGAGCCAACUAAUCUCACACUUUGCCAAGCACUAAAUCCAGUAGAACAUUUACAAGCCAGGCAUGUUACUGGUUGUUUGGAGAAGAUUGAAAAAUGGACAGACGAACAAGAAUUAAUUUUAAUUACAAUUGUAUUAGGCUUAGUGUUUAUUGAAAUUUGUGCUCUUUCCAGUACUCUAUUUGCGUGCUUGAGAACAAAGAAGACAAAAACAAAUCAUACAUCUGCAUUCACAUCGACUCAAGCACUAAGUCCAUUCAGUGAAAGUGAACAUGAAUUUGGUAUGGGAAUUGAAAAUCGAAUGCACAUGGCUGGAACUACGUUUGGUGCUAAAUCAUGAAGACGGCUUGAGGGCAGCGAGGUACCUACUAUAUCUGUUGCAGGAAUUAAAAGAAUCGAAAAUAAACCUUACAAUUGUAAUGGGCGAAGUGUAAUCGAAGAGUGGCAGAAUUCUAACAAUGGAAUCAGUUAUGUUAUUCCAAGUGAUCAACAUUACGAGGAGAGAGCAAUCGAUGUAUUUCCUGUAAAUACAGGUUCAUCUUAUUCGUUAAAAAAAACCUCAAGUCACCGAAAGUCACCUUUUCCGAGAUCUAAAUCUUCUACUCAAAGCACUAAACGAAAAUCAUUAAAAACUGAAUCUUCCAGGAAUAGUUCUCUUAAAAAGCGUAGGGCUUCCAAUAAACAAAGUUCUAUUAAAAAAAUCCCUUCAAAGCAUCUAAUCGGAUCUAAUAAACGAAAUUUCCAUUACGAUACUCAAAGGUCAAUAAUAAAUUCCCGAUCUACAGUGGAUAAGGGAAAUUCAGAGGGAGUUCCUUUAAUAAAUAAGAAGGUUUUAAGGAAAGAGAAUAAAAUAAUUAAAGACACUAAAACACCAUCAGAAUCAGUGGAUCAGGAUGGGAGUGUUGAUAGUCUUGAGUGUUGCAAUGUUGUUAACCAAGACAACAAAGACCUUCGACGACUCUCUGACAUUCAACGUUUAAGAAACCAAAACACAUGUAGUAGAUUUCAUAAAGAUUAUAAUGAUAACAGAAAUACAAUUAAAAAACUCAGUUUGUCCAAAGGAAAUAUUUGCCGUACUCAACCAGAAUUAAGAGUUGAUAAUAGAUUAGGAAUGACUGAAAUUCCAAGAUUUAAAACGUUAGGAGUACCUCUGGUGGGAAUGCAUAAUGCUUGUGGUCUUCCAGUUUUUGCUCACUGGCAGAGUCAUAAGUUGUCAAGGUCAUUGAGAAAACCUGUUUUACGAAAUAAUAUACCUUACAAAAGUUCCAAUCAAUCGCAAUCAAUGAAAAAUGCUUCACGUAAUUCACAGACGCAUCAUAAUUCAAGCGAGGCGGAUUUUAAGUCUGAAUGGAUAAUGAUUAAAGAAACAAAUAGACCAUUUUCUUCUGCUAGUCAGAAUCGUAAACGUUCAUCAUUUAAAGUCGUCAGAGUUGGUACACUUUCAACAAAAAAAAUUCCAAAAGAAUAUAAAGAUAAUAGUAAAAAAGAAUCAGUAAUUUGUAGAUUUGGAGGAUCUUUUGGAAGACGUAGUGCUAAGAGAACAACACUUUAUGCAAAAAAUGGUGGAGAAGAAGCAGUAAGUGUACUUAAGAAAUUGUGUCUUAAUCCUUUAUCUCGAAACAGUAAAGGUGAUGUGAUGAUUUGGUGAUAAUUUCCGCUUUCGAUAUUUAAAAGUUGAAACGUAAGAUUAUUAGGUUUAGUAGUUUGAUCAAACAUAAAAUUAGGUAACUGUAGAGUACUGUUCAUCGAAGCUAUCGUUAUAAUUAUUGAGAUCUUAAUGGAGACCUAGGAAAGGCAUUAAGAAAACUGAUUUCAGUGUAAUACUGCCAAGCGUCAUUACAAUCUAAAAACAUAAAGCAGGGAAUUACAAUGCCUCUUUUUAUAAGUGAAAAUUAUUUUCUAAGUUGUAUCCAAAACAUUGUAUAUCUGAGUAAAAUGUUAUUAAGUCCAGUUAAGUUUGAAAUUAGUAUUAUCUGUGUGAUUAGAUAAUCCGGAAUUAUUACGGUCUAAUUCAAAAUUAAUCGGAUCAUACACAACUAAUAAGUACAAAAUUACUUCUAUUGAAUCCGAAAUUAAUCCGGCCUGUGUAAUCAGUAAAUCUAGAAUCUGCAUUCACUAAUGAAGUUUGUUUGAUAUGACUGCGGAUUAGAUCUGAUUAAUUUCGGACCCACUAGUUUCAUAAAUCGGGCAAAUUUAGGAUUUAGCCGGACUAAUUCCGGAUGACAAAAUCCUGACAAUAAACUGAACUGUUUCGGAUUAAUACCAAUUUAAUUUGGAAACAGUUCGGAAUUUUUAUUAUUUUUACACCUUUCAAAGUACUCAUUGUCAGCCACAACCUAAGAAAUUUUAAACUUUCACAAAACAAGGACCUCCCUAAUAUGUAUGUGAUUAUUUACAUAACUACUAAAAUAAUGAAUGCUGUUUGCGAAAAAAAUGUAUAUUUGUCAGCAACUAAAAUAUUGGAUGAACAAUAGUGGUAUUAAAUCUAGUAUAGCUAUACGUAAAUUUAAAUUGGAUUGGUAUGGUUUUGAAAAGUAAAGAGGAAAUUUAAAAUCCUCGUUGCCCUCUACUUCAUAAGUGAUUUGUUUAUUACUUUUCAUAAAUAGUUUUUAAGGAAUAGUAUACUAUUUUUAUAGAUUAAAUAAUACACAUGUAAAUAAGAAAAUUAGCUAAUAAAUAUAUCACAAUCUUA